AUGGCUGAUCAACUUACCGAGGAACAAAUCGCUGGUGAGUUGUGUUAUCUCUGCUUGUUUCCAUCUGGUUUUCUUGUUUAUAUUAGGUAUUAUUCUUGUUUUUGGAUAUUAUCCUUGUUUUCUUUAAAGUUUUGAAUGGAAAAGGUAUUAGUUUUAGAGCCAGUUAUCAAGAAUUUUUUAUUUUUAUCUAGUGUUAGACCUUUUUUGACAAACAAAAAAUGAAAACUAAAACAAUAUCUGUUAUAAACGGCCUUAUUAUGUUUGGUAUCUAGGAUAAUAUUGUCUUAAAAGGAAAUAACGUCACUUACAAAGCGAAAUGAUGUUAUUUGUUAGACAUGGUUGUUUCAAAACAGCCAAUAUUAUUUUAGUUGUCAAGAAUAAUAUUUAUUACAAAGUAUUGUUUUAGGCAGUUUUUGUAACAAAAAGCUCUAAAACAACAAUUUUACGAUGUGAUUUUAGGUAUUAUCGGCUUUUGUAGGUUCUCCCUUGUUGUAGGUAUUCUGUACAAUUAAGUUUUCAAUCUCAUUUGUCUUAUUUAUGACCAGACGGAAUCCAGUUUCUUUUCAUGUUCUUUCAUGCAUUCCCAAUGAUCUGAAUUCUCAAUGAUUUGCAUUCCGUAUGAUCGUUUUCUUUCCAAAAGUUCUGGGACUGUUUCGUCAAGAAUAAUUUGAGGAAAGGGCUGGGAGUUCCUAGGACUCAUUUCUGCUAAAAAUAAUGUCUAAAUAGUCUAGACUGGGAGCAAAUAUCUCUAAAACUAGCAAGAAAAACUAUAUUUCUCAAAAACAAGCUAAACUAUGGUCUUUUCUUUACAUUAGUUCAUAAGAAAGACUAUAAUUCACUACUAUCAUCUAAAAUAUAUUGUUGUAGAGUUCAAAGAGGCGUUCUCACUGUUCGACAAGGACGGUGAUGGCACAAUCACUACCAAGGAGUUGGGCACGGUGAUGCGAUCUCUGGGCCAGAAUCCGACCGAAGCCGAGCUACAGGACAUGAUCAACGAGGUGGACGCGGAUGGAAACGGUACCAUCGACUUUCCCGAGUUCCUGACCAUGAUGGCCAGAAAAAUGAAGGACACGGACAGCGAGGAGGAGAUCCGCGAGGCCUUCCGAGUAAGUCGCUCCUCAUGAUUAAGAUGUUGUGUUUAGGUAUUCGACAAGGACGGCAACGGCUUCAUCUCCGCCGCCGAACUCCGCCACGUCAUGACCAACUUGGGCGAGAAACUGACCGACGAGGAGGUCGACGAAAUGAUUCGGGAAGCCGACAUCGAUGGUGAUGGACAAGUUAAUUAUGAAGGUAAGGGAUUAGGUUUUGAAAGAAUAUGUAUCAGAAGAUAGGAAGGUUGACUCAAACUUUAAUUAGAGUAUUGAGCUAGUUUAGGUAACAUAACUUUUGAGGUUUUUAGGUAACGCUUUACCAGCUUGGUUAAUUGUUAUUUUAAUAUUUUUUUGCUAAAACCAAUUGUGGAAAAAGUUGAUAUUUUAGGUAACAAUAGAAAAAUACGUAUUAUUUUUGGAAAACUGUUUGCAGCUUGCAGAUUAGAGAAAAAAAUGCGGGCGCAGUUAAUAAGUGUAAUCGAAAACUUACUUUUUUGACAUUUUUAAGCGAAGAUGACGAUCAAGUUUAUGCUUGUGUAGUACAAUAGAUGAUAUAAAACAAAAAACUUAAGUAAAGUUUAUAUUAUUUAUGUAAAAUAACUUUAUACGUUAACCUUCUAAUGAAUUUGUCUUCAGAAUUCGUUACCAUGAUGACAACCAAAUAA